CCUCCAUUAAAACGACAACCUUUACUACUAAUUCUCCACUCCAUGGAUCCCCAGCUCUUCACCGCUGCCACAAAUGGCGACUUGGAUCUUCUCCAAAAUCUAACACCACUUCAAAAAUCUCUCCUCCCCUUUCAAUUCUCCCCAAAUCAAAACACUCCACUCCACGUCGCCACCGAAUUCCGCCAACUCGGCUUUGCGAAAGCCAUCGUGCGAGACUGUGAAGCCCUUCUAUGGCUGCAGAAUGGCGCCGGUGACACCGCGCUGCACGUCGCAGCCAAGGAAGCUCUCCCAGAAUUUGUGGAACUUCUCAUCCAAUUCCGGAGGCUCCUUGCAAUGGUGAAUCUCAAUGGCGAUACGGCUUUGCAUUGUGCUGCGAGAAUUGGGAGUUUGAUAUGUGUGGAGAAGAUUGUGGAAGCGGAGCCGGAGCUUUGCGGCGUCGUGAAUAAUAACGGGGAAUCGCCGUUGUACUUAGCGGUGGCUGCCGGAUUUUGGGAAGUUCCUCAGGUCAUUAUUCGUAAGGCGGAAUUGUUGGCUUCAUAUAAAGGAGCUAAGGGCUUAACUGCAUUGCAUCCAACUCUUUUCUAUCGCAAUUAUGACUUUGAAAUGAUCAAAUCAUUGGUGGAAUGGAGGAAAGAAAUGAUAAAAGAACAAGAUGACUUGGGAUUGACACCUCUUCAUUAUGCUACACUCUAUGGAAGAACAAAAGCAAUAAAUCUAUUUCUUCAAAACGAAAGUUCUUCCAUUUACAUUGUAGACAACAAUGGAGAAUCUGCUCUACAUAUUGCUGCUUUUAGAGGCUAUGCGGAUGCAGUGGAAGAGAUUUUAAAUUGUUGUCAAGAUUCUUGCUAUCUUGUCGAUAACAAAGGUAGAACGCCUCUUCAUGCUGCAGUUUUAGGUGAUCAAAGAAAAGUUGUGAAAUUGAUAUUAGGAAGGGCAAAGCAAGGAAGAGUAAUGAAUAAAGCUGAUUGUGAUGGAAAUAUGGCUUUGCAUCAUGCAGCAUUUCACAAGUUUUACGAUAUUAUUGAAAUACUUGCGACUAAUGAAAAAGUGGAUUUGAAUGUCAAGAAUAACAAGUUCUUGACAGCACUUGAUAUCUUCAAUAAACAUGACCUGGAAGGACUAAGGGCAGCAGUAAUCCGAAACAUUCUCGUUGGUUCGACCGGCUCAAUGACAAUGCAACACUUAGCUGCAGAAGAAAUAAAAAAGAUGAACCAAGAAAUUGAAAUAGAAGAUGAUGAUGAUGGUGAUAAUGAUACAAAUGGAAUAAUUAGCAUAAAGAAGAAAGAGAGUUCAUACAAUACAGAAAAACAAAAAGCAUUAGAAGUGAAUCUAUUAGUAGCAACUUUAGUAGCCACAGUUACAUUUGCAGCUGGAUUCUCAAUGCCUGGUGGAUACUUUGAAAACGUUGGACUAUCAAUUCUUAGUAACAAAGGAGGUUUUAAAGUGUUUGUAAUAUUCAACACAAUAGCCUUUUGUUGCUCAGUUUUUGCAGUGCUUCUUCAUUUCCACACUUCAAUUACUGACCAUUAUCAGAGAGUAAGGUAUAUGGGAAUUGCUGUAACGUUCACUAGUAUCGCUAUCGUUGCUAUGGUUAUAGCAUUUGCUUCGGGUACUUAUGUUGUGAUAGCAAAUGCACAAGCAUUUUCCUUAACUCCUUUUUUGAUUUGUGGGGGAUUUGCUUUUCUUUACUUUGCUAUUCCUUUUUGUGAUCCUGGUGUUGAGGGAUAUUCAUUCCUUCAUAUACCACAAAGAUUCAUAAGAAGGAAGAUUGUUCAACAUGUAAGAUAUGAGGAAUGAUUAUUGUUGUUUGCAAUGAAAUAGUAAGUAUAUAUGCAUAUGAUAUCUAUGGAAACUUGGAGUCA